AUGGAAGAACAACAACCACCAACUCUCUCAUUACAAAUCAUCAAAGGUCCUCGUAAAGGUGAAACUCUUCAAUUUCGACCGGGAUAUGCCAUCAGAAUUGGACGUGUCGUCUGCGGCAACAACCUGCCAAUUAAGGAUCCCGGAAUAUCCACUAAACAUCUCUCUAUUCAUACCGAAUCCGGUAAAUGGGCACUCAGAGACCUUGAUUCCUCAUCAAAUGGAACUUCUUUGGACGAUGCGGUCAUUCCUCCAAAUACUUCUUUUUAUCUCCGUGAUGGAUCCACCAUUAAGAUCGGUGAAGUCACCGUUAUUGUUGUUAACUUCAUCCACCCCGAAAAUAAGUCUACCAAUACCACAGUAGAACGGGGUAGAAGAGGUAAGAAGGUGGAAGAACCAAAGAGUAUACGGGUGACACGGAAUAUGACAAGGAAUAUGAAGAAUAUAGGAGUUGAAAUUGGAGAAAGUUCAUGCUUGAUAGUAGAUGGUUUGGAGAAUGUUGUGAAAGAGAAAAUGAAGGGUGGUGGUCGCAAAGGAAAGAAGAAAUUAGAGGAAGAUAUUUUUUUGAACAAGUUAGAGGAAGAGAUUGUUGGUGAUGGUAAAGAGAACUGUGAUGAAGCUGAAGAAAAGGAGAAAUAUAAUUGGGAUGGGAAUAUGCCUGAUUUGGAGAAGAUGAGUUUAGGUGAGUGGUUUGAUUUCUUGGAGGUUUAUUUGCCAAAACAAAUACAUGAUGAAACGGAAGAUAUUAUUGAUUCAAUGAGACAAAAAGCUGAGAGACUCCGUGAAUAUGUUAUGAUGCAUGAAAAUCAAAAAGCUCAAAAUGCCCCUGGAAUUGAAUAG